AUGUCAAGUUUUACGGCCCUCAACGGGGGCUCACCCCGGACUUCAGAUCCGCCUGCUGUGACCAUCGAGAAAACUUCGGCCAUAGACGAACGCGCACACAGCACAACUACGUCUCAACCUCCACCUACACCAGAAGUGCCGUCAAAUCAAGUUCCAGCACAAAGUACGGAGCGUCCAUCCUUUCAGUCACCUGGCUAUCCUGAUGCAGAGGGCUCUCAUAAGAGAAAGCGGUCUGAUUCCGUCGAGAUACGACGGGAACAGGUCAUACACGUCCAUACACCGGAAUCCGCUCACCCGCAACAUGAUUCGCGUGAGGUUUAUGGAACACCCUCGAGAGAUUACCGCUCAUAUGGCGAUGAGCACCGGGACAAGGAAGCUUGGUAUCCGCAUCGCGAAGAACGUAGCUAUGACUCCCAGCAGAAUUCUGCAACUACCCCGCAUGGUCAAACAGAAGAGCAGAUUGGUGAUGCACUUCGCAGAGCUACUGGCCAGAUGGACCACGGGGACUACUCUAACGCCAGUCCUGAUGGCGAUGAUCAUUCCAUUAUAUGUGGUGGCCAGUACUCGUCUGACCCGAGGCGCGACGCUUUUAUGCAACACGAUUCUAAGAAACGCAAGAGAAAUUUCAGCAACCGGACCAAGACAGGAUGCCUCACUUGUCGCAGGCGUAAGAAGAAGUGUGAUGAACAAAAGCCUGAGUGUGGAAACUGUCUUCGUGGCAGUUUUAUCUGCACAGGCUAUCCACCUCAGCGUGGACCAGGAUGGCAGAAGCCCGACAAUAAAGCUGCAGCAGUUCCUCUCGAGUCCAAAGACCCGACAUAUGUUCCACCAGGAGCUUACGGGAUGCCUCAGCAAAGCCCUUACGGUAACCAACCGGUGAAGCGCGAACCCCUGCCGCCUUAUCGUGGCCAGGCCCUUCGAAUUGACCCCCCACAAGGCCGCCCUUUGGUGACCGAUGACGACCGGCCAACCGCAUCAACAAUACCCAGCGCGUCUGUUGCGAGCCCCGAGAAUAAACUCUCUGCUUUACCUUACACUCCAGCAAACGUGUUUCCAACUCCUGUCAGCGCAAACCCUCAACCGCCGCCACCACCGUUUGGAGACAGAAUGGCCAAGGAAUACCAACGCGUGCCUCCGCUGCAUGACCUUAGCAGGACAGAACCCGAUUCUACUCAUCUUGGGAACCAGCUCCCGCAGAUCAACAUUCUUCAUCCUACAAGAACAAACAGUCCUGCACCUCCUCCGCCUGCACCAACAUCCAAUGCUCAAGUAGCCGCCCAGUUGGCUUUGUCUCAUUCACAGUUCCCCCAGAGACGGACCCAAAAGGAGGAGAUGCUUUCAGGGCGUCACUUCUAUCCUUUCGAUAAGGAACUUUGUCUGGAGCGUGAGCGUUGCUCAGCUGCUGUCUGGAGAUUCAACAACCUCAACGGCAUAUCUCCUGAAGAACGUGCUCGUUUAUUCCGUGAAAUCUUACAGCCUCGUGACCCCGUUCGAGUUUCUCCUACCGAAGCCUCUCCGAUCACCAAUGUCGGCCGUGUGGGCAGAAGUGUCGCUGUCGAAACACCUUUUGCUUGUGAUUACGGCUAUAACAUCACAAUUGGCCACCAGGUUACUAUCGGGCGCAACUGUACAAUCAACGACGUGUGCGAGGUAAAGGUUGGUGACAACUGUGUGAUUGGUCCAAAUGUCAGCAUUUUCACGGCAGGGCUACCCGUCGAUCCCAAGAAACGCCAGGGUACCCAAGGUCCCCAAGCAGGCAAACCUGUUAUCAUUGAACAAGAUUGCUGGAUCGGCGGAGGUGCCAUCAUUCUGCCUGGAAGAACAAUUGGCAAAGGCAGCACUGUCGGUGCUGGAUCAAUUGUCACGAAGGAUGUUCCUCCUUUUACGAUUGUAGCAGGAAAUCCUGCAAGGGUUUUGCGCGGCAUCGCCUCUUAA